CUCGGCGACGGCGCGCACCUCCUCUGGCUGCGAUGGGGAUCCAGGCGGCGCUCGGGCUGCUGCUGCUGCUGCUCCAGGGUGAAAGGGGGCUCAGCAAGGAGGGGCCGGGGGCCUCUUGCCGGCCAGGAUUCAGCUCGGAGGCCUACGUGUUCCGGGUGCCCCGGCGGGACUUGGAGAGGGGCCAGAUGUUGGGCAGAGUGGACUUUGAGGGCUGCGCAGGGAGGGGCCCCGGAGCCUUCCUCUCCCAGGACACCCGCUUCAAGUUGCAUCCGGAUGGGAGGGUGGUGGUGAAACGGCCCCUGCAUCUCCACAAGCAGGAGCUCAGCUUCCUCGUCCACACGUGGGACCUGGGAGGCAGGAAACAUUCGGCCAGAGUGACCCUGCGGCCCCACCACCACGGCCAUGGACGGCCGCCUCCUCAUGGGGAGAGCGGUCCGUCUGCUCGGGUGAAGGAGCUGUACUUCCCACGGUCUUCGUCUGGCCUGAGGCGGCAAAAGAGAGACUGGGUCAUCCCGCCGAUUCUUUGCUCGGAGAAUGAGAGGGGCCCUUUCCCCAAGAAGCUGGUGGAGAUCAAGUCCAGCAAAGAAAAAGUGGAGACCGUCUACUACAGCAUCACUGGGCAGGGGGCCGACAUCCCUCCACUCGGCACCUUCACCAUCGAGAGGGAGACAGGCUGGCUGAAAGUGACUCGCCCGCUGGACAGGGAGACGAUUCCCCGCUACGAGCUCUUUUGCCACGCGGUGUUGGCCAAUGGCCAGACGGCAGAGGACCCCAUGGAGGUGAUCAUCAACAUUAGUGACCAGAAUGACAACCGUCCCGUCUUCACGGAGAGCGUCUUCCGAGGGUCCGUGGAAGAGGGAGCGAAGCCAGGGAACGAGCCGGCCACCGGCACAGGGACUCUCCUUUUGCAUCUGGAGGAUGUGAAUGACAACACGCCAGAACCGGAUCCCCGAACGUUCGAAAUCUGCAGCCGCAAUCCAGAGCCCCAGAUGUUAAGCAUUGUGGACAAGGAUAUCGCGCCCAACACCAGCCCCUUCCUGGCAAAGCUGGAAUUUGACUCUGGCGCCAACUGGACAGUUGAGACCCACCAAGACAGUCUGACCCUUCAACUGGUCAAGCAGCUGGAGCCUGGGGAAUACAACGUCGCCCUCAAGCUGACCGAUGGCCAGGGGCUCUCUCAUGUCACCACGGUCAAAGCCAUUGUCUGCAACUGUGACGGGUCAGCCAAAAACUGUGAACGAAAGGCGUUUUUGCCAGCAGCAAUAGGGACCCCCGCCAUUCUGGGCAUCCUUGGGGGCAUCCUUGCCCUUCUGAUCCUGCUGCUGCUGCUGCUGCUGUUCGUGCGGAGGAGAAGGCAGGUGAAGGAGCCGCUGCUUCUCCCCGAGGACGACACGAGGGACAACGUCUACUACUACGAUGAAGAAGGCGGAGGAGAAGAGGACCAGGAUUACGAUCUGAGCCAGUUGCAUCGAGGCCUGGAUGCCCGCCCUGAAGUCACCCGGAAUGACGUUGUUCCAACCCUCAUGCCGGCCCCGCAGUACCGUCCACGCCCGGCCAACCCUGACGACAUAGGCAAUUUCAUCGACGAGAACCUGAGAGCAGCGGACACGGACCCCACUGCUCCCCCAUAUGACUCCCUGCUGGUGUUUGAUUACGAAGGCAACGGCUCCGAGGCCACCUCCCUCAGCUCCCUCAACUCCUCCCACGGAGACCAGGACCAGGAUUAUGACUACUUGAAUGACUGGGGAAACCGUUUCAAGAAGCUGGCUGACAUGUACGGAGGGGGCGAGGAAGAGGACUAGGCGUGACUGGAGUGGGGGGGGGCAGAGGGUGGGGGGCAGAAGGCUAGAAGGGAGAGAGAAGGGAGCUGACUCUUGGUGACUCCAUAAUUUACCCAAAAGUACACAAGGGAUCCCCCUUGAAGAAGAUUCUGACAAUCUCAUCUCUGUGGGAUAAUUAUAAUCAGUGUGGCCUUCUUGAGUCUGAUUCAACGCAACAUGGAGUUUCUUUCUCAAAGCCUGGAUACCCUCAGGGGGAAAAGGCUUUCCCAGGAAAGAGAAAAGGAUUCUGGAAGGACAGAAAGACCCUCCGGUGCUUGGUCUUGUAUUCAAGAAGUUUCACCUGAGUGUUUCUACUCUGCCUCCUUGGUCAUCUGUCCUCUUGUUUGCUUAAGAAGAACUUCGGGCUUCUUGGUGCAAAAUUGUAAUGCGUUUUGGAGAAUAUGAGGGAAAAUACGCAAGAAAAAUAUUUUCUUGAGGCAGAGGAUAAAACACGGCUAACACUAUGGUCACCUAAUAGGACAGAGGUUCUUAUUAAUGGCCCCGUUGAGAGGGGAGGGGUUCUGCCUGCACAGAUCCAAAUCCCACAGUCUGGAUACGGUGGCUAAUUAUUGGAACUUUCUCCAGGAAGAUCUCCCCAAGCAUGGGGUUUCCAAAGCCCUAACCAGAAAUACUUCUGGGGAUUCUGCUCAUGUGCUGCAUUUGGUUUCCAAGUCUUGGCUUUUGCUGUUGAAAGGCAGGCUUGUGGGAGUGAUGGGGAGGGUCUCCCAGAAGAGAGGCAGGGUUUCUGAUUUUUUUUUGCCGCCGUUAGCCAACAUGGCUCUCCUCCUGGAUGAAUCCUUUUAGGAUCCCUAAAUCAACUUGUCCCAAGUGCCUUUGCUUUCAGACUAUGCUUCUCUCAGAUGCCCAGAGUCCAAUCUGUGUCGGGAAGGCAUCUGCAAAACCAUCCGGCAU